CUCCAUACGCGGCCAAACCUAUCAUGCACACGUAUGGGAGAAUGGGUCGAAGCCCAAUUACAUAUCACUCAACACAAAGUUAGGUUAACAAACAAAGAGAAUCAAAUUAUCAAAGUUGAGAUAUCAACACCACUGUUGACGAUUAAAAAAAAGCCUCUAAAAAACUGUUGUUGCAGGUAUAUAAUACUUCUGCUCGAGGACGACAUGUUUGGACUGUAAAUAUUGAAGUUUAUUUUCUGUAAAAAAAGAUAGAGAAGAGUUUUGAUAUGUCAAAUACGAACAGGCACUACAAGAAAACUGCAAAAUAACCACGGGCAUUUAGUGACAGCGUCUUCGCCCGUCAAUAUAUGGUACUUUUUGACGGACAUAUUUGACGGUCUGUGGACCCGUCGAGAAACUACUUUCACGUUUCACGGUGCAGGUUUGUAUAAAUGUGUCUUAAUUUAAUUUUCUUUAACUUUCAAAAUAGGAAAAUAGAAAAGGAAAAUACUUUUGUUUCUUCCAUGGACGAUAUUAACGAGAAAGAAAGUUAAGGCAUCUCAAUUCUCAACUCUCCAACCUUCCAUUCUCUCUCUUCCUUUCCUUUCUCUGCCUUCUCUCUAGAGUUAUCGCGAUUUUGCCAGACGCUCCGUCCUCCGUUUCCUGAAAAAAUCUGCCGGCCCUAAUUCUGCUCGGCGAUGAUCACCAUCAUGCAGCUUCACCCGGCGACCCCUUCGCUUGUCCUCCACCAUGUUCCACCUUUAAUCGAGGCGAUUUUGAAACCUCGCUUACCGCUGUCGAUCACCAUCUAUUGUCAUCGGCCAUUGUGAUCGCUUCCGACCAUGGAAUCUAAGCUACAACCCGCGUUGUCCAAUUUUGAAACGUGGUAAGAUUCUUGGAGGGGCUCGAUUGAGCUUGUUCUCUCAAUCGGCAGUUUUUACAAACCCUAAUUUUCAACUUCUUGAUCGAGUCUCAUUGUUUCCUUCCCUUGAUCAAUAUUCUUAUCAUGAUGUUUUUCCUUUCCUAAACUAGUAUCAUGUCUAAUUUGGUCUUUCAACAAUCGUGGUGGGUGAAAUAGGAUAUUUGUUUGGUGCCUGACAGAUGUUUGUUGGAAUGCCCAUGAGAACUUAAUUCCCUGAUUUUCUCCUGAAGUCAUGCCUUCUGUUCUGCUUAUGGUAUUACAUGACUUUCAAUUUAAUGACUUAUGGUGGAGAAGUAGAUUGAAUAGCGAUUUCACAUACUACGGAGUGCAUGCAAGGUUCUAAUCAAUCAAUUGGGUCCAUGUGCAGUAUUCUUGUCAGCAGCAGCUGGCAUGGGUACUCGAUGCCCCAGUGAUCUGAUUGACUUUCUUUGGCAGAGGCUUUUUUUCCUUAGAGCUUGCAUAUGGGCAAGCAAGUUUGAGGUUUCGCCUCCACCUUGAGGUCGAGGAGGCUGGUGAUUAUGAGAGUGAAUAAUAUGACUCCUCAUAUUGUUAUGUGAUGUAACUUUCCCUCUUGAAAUGACUGUUGGAUGGUUGGUUCUUGUUAGGACUUGGGCGAGAGUAAGGCCUAUUUAUAGAAGGUGUGCGGGAGCUUGGCUGUUGUUGGUUUUGAAAGACACUGAAUUCUGAGAGUAAGAGCGGUGAUUCGAGGGACAAGUUAUUGUGUGCAUCGGCGGGUAAGUAGCUACAAACUUUUGUUUGUGAAUUUAUGGAUGAAUUUUAAAUGUAGAGAUGGUAUCUACACCUGUGUGUAACAAUAGACCUGAUUGAAGGAUGCAGUAGCAUUGUCAACAUCAUGCAUAUAUGAGGCGGUAGAGACAUCAUCGAAUACAUAAUGUAUUCUCCGUUAAUAACUCGAGUUAUUGAAUUUUCAUGGUGUUGUUGGGUUUGCUAAAGCCAAAUGCCCUGCCAUCCCUAUUGCUCUCCAGAAGUUCUGAAGUGGGUAAGCGAGGUCGUAUAUCUACAAACACAAGAAAACAGAGAGUUCUUCAAUGGUACUUUCGAAACCCUAGUUCUCGAUUGCAAUUUCCAGUUCUCUAACCCUUCGUCAAUACCUGCCAUCGUUGAUGUCGCCGCCGGUACCCACGACCUCGUUUAUUCUCUCAUCUUACCUUGAUUUGGUAUGCUUCCUAUUUCCUAAUCCUAGUUUCAUUUUCAAUUUGUCGUAUCGCCCCGACCUUUUCCGGCGUCCACAACGCCGGUGGUACCUCAGUCUUCUACGUUGUCUCUUCUCUUAGCUUGCUUCCGUUGUCGACAUUGCAACUCUGUCGACAUUGAAACUCUCUUUCACCGAUUCAUUAUUAUUAACAGACGCAGAGCAGAAUUUUCAAAUCUUCUUUCUCAGAGAAGGGUUGGGAGGAAAGCUUGUUGAGUUCUUCAAGGCAGAUCCCAGCUCGGUAAUCCAGCAUACACUACAUGCAACUAGUAAGCAGAGAUUCUUCAGAGCUUCUAAUUCUUUUGUUGAUUUCAAUUUCAUAGCUGUAUAGAGUGUUCCAUGAGUUCGGCGAAAUAUGUUCUUCUCUAUGGGAACUCUAACGAUUUUGCCCACCAGCUAUUCGAUGAAUAUUCUCAAAGAACUAUCUAACUUCAAUUAAUAAGAGAAACCUUCCAUGCUUGCUUCUAUUGCAUUUGUUUGCCAAUAUUUGAGCUUGCCUACAGACAUGGGGUAGUUAUUUGCUAUGUAGAAGGAAUGAAGAAAGAAGUUAUCUUAUCCCCUGCUCUCUGUAUACUUGGUCAAUGACUAAGAAUUUGAUAGUCUUGUCAACUCCACUGUUAGCCUUUAGAAAGGCUUAAAGUAAUAAAUCAUUUUGAUUUUACUCCUUCUCAAAUUCUUUGUUUGGGCGUUGGUUUCAUUUCUGGGUUCCUGUUUACUUAGCAGAAGCUCUUAUUGAAACAAUAACUAAGGAUUAGGCUUGCUCAAGUUUCCAUUUAGACAAUAGCUUUUUGGUGAUUUAUAAUUCAUUAAACUUGUGGGGAUGACUGGAACUCUCUAGUGAAUGACUCAACAUUAGUGCUUCUGGGACAGAGUUGCCCCAUAGGUUCAGAAGUCCUUACAUUUGAAGAAGAAGUUGAUAUACUGCUUUUGAGUAGGCUCUCCAAAGUCUCAGAUCAGUAAUUUUCUGCUGAUUCAAGUUAUUAUACCAAACUUGAGCUGGUAUAAUAACAACCAUGCAUGCUUAAAGAGACGAGUCGCUAUGUCUUACUUUCAUUGGUUAUGUUGAUGACAGAUUAAGUCUACUUAUGCUAUACAACAAGCCAAAGCUCAAUUCUUUUUGGAAGGCCUGCAGUUACCCUGCUGCUGCUUGCUUGCAUAUAUAUAUAUAUGCUUUUAAGAGGUAUAUGGUUAGCCUGCAGUUACCCUGUCGUAUUAUAAUUGAUCUGUGAUAUAGGAUUUGACUAUGCUGCUUUAUCUUCCUUUGUUUUGAGGAUUUGUUUUGUUUCAUACUACUACAUGCACACACAGUUUGAAAUCAUGGCGGGGUGAAAUGGUUGCAGCAGACUUUCAGUUGGAGAAGGGAUUGAAGCGUCUUCAAGAUGUACAAGUUCGUUUUUAGUCAUUUAGCUCGUUUGUGGGAAUCAUAUGCAUCCGUUUUAUUAAUUUACUCGAUCUGAUAAAACUAUACACAUGUAUGCUACUGCUGCAAUGGUACAGGUGAGGCUAGUAGAAUCAAAGUUGCCUGUCUCAUCUACAUCUUGGGAAGAAGAUACUAAAGUAAAAGUGAACUAGUAAGUCCUUUCUUUUCUGGAUAACUAAGUUUUUCUUGCUUCUGGUAUUAGAAUAAAUAUAAGUGGAACACUAGAAACUUUAAGGACCUAAUCCUAUGGAUGGUUGUUAAGUUUAUUUGAACAGAGUGACUUCAUUGCUGAUCAUAUGGUCAAUUGGGUUGAUUCUAUAGUUCCUGCAGCUCAAGUGAGCGUUCAAUGUUUGUAGUUUUGUUUCAAAUGCUUGGAAUUUGGGUCGUAUACAUGCAUGAUUGAGUGAUGUUAAUGCUUCUCACGCAUAACUAGAUACUGGUCAAUAUCACCCUUUUGGUUACUAGUACUACAUAGCAGCUUGUUGUAGUUAAUCCAAUUUUAACCUAGUUAGCUAGCUUGUUUGGCGCUAAGUCUGUUUAUAUAUAUUCUACCAACCAAAAGCUAGCCAUUUUGCUUCCUCUUUAUGUAUACCUAUAUACAUAUAUUGCACGCUGAUGUCUCUUUCUCUAUAUGUAAUCCAUAGUUUUCACUGUAACUACAUUAGGCAUUAUACUUUUGUGUACCAAUUUUCUUCUAUUUGUGAUGUUCCAAGUAAUGAAUACCAAUUUUGUGUACUACAUUAGGCAUUAUACUUUGGUAACUAAGUGAUUUGAAUUGGGUGUUUCUGCAGAGCUGCUGGUUAAUGAAAGGAAGUUUAUAUACCAGUCUCCACAGUGCUGGAGUUUUGUCUUUGGUGGUAUUAUAAGGAGCAAAGAGGGACUGUAAGUGGGAUUUUUGAACUUUGUAAGUGGUUUGAAUGACAGUAGUAAACUUUAGAUUGUAGGUUUUGAACUUUUGUAAGUGGUUUGAUUGGAUUUGGUUGUUCCAGAAUUGAAGGAUUGAUGUUUUAUGUUUCUGAUAUGGUAAUUCAAAGUAGGUGGAUUUAUGAUCAUCAAAGUAUCUGUAUAUUGUUGAUUUGGCAUUUCAGAAAAUCACAGCAGGCUUCCUAUGAAAAAAAAAAAUCAAAUCACAGCUGGCCAGGGCAGAGCAGGCCACACUUUAAAACGAGUGUUUUGGCGACAGUCGCUGGCUUUUAGCGACGGUCAGAGUCUGUCACUAAGUAGUUUACUUUUUUUAUUAUGAAAUUUAUUUAACGACAGUCGUUUGGAAGAUUGCGUCGGUCAGUGCCGUCGCUACAUUUUCCCGACGGCUAACGUGACGGUCGACCAAAACCGUCACUAAAAAUUUUAAGGACUGCUGGGUCAGCGACGGUUUGGUGUCCGUCAUAACCGUCGCUAAAAGUCUGUAUGACCGUCGCUAAAUAACAGUUUUGUUGUAGUGAGGAGAAACAUGUGUAAGGAUUUAAGGAGAAGAUGAGAACUCAAACCUGCCAAGAUGAGCUCUGCAGGCCAUGAACGUAGCUCUCGCAAUUGCAGGGCAACUAGAAGAGAUCGCCACCAGCGUCGAGUGUGCCACAAAAAUUAAACGCUUGACGGUGCGACUAAAACGUUGGCGUAAUG